UUCUUUUAAAAAAAAAACCCCACCUCCCAACCCAUAACAAUCACGAGAGAGAGGGCGAUAAAAAAAGGAUCAUUUUUUAAAAUAUAAAUAAACCUCGCAUCUCCGUUAUUAACCACACAACAAGCCGCUGUCGGUCUAUGAUGAAGAAUAAACGGAAUCGCUCACUAAGCUGUGGUUAUUUAAAAUCUUUCCGGACUACUGAUGUGUUGCCGAUUCCAUAACUGGUGGUGACAUGAAAAAUGAGGAAAGCUAGAUUUAUCUUCAAAGGACCUUUAAAACUCCUUCCAGGGCAACGUCUUCCCUGCAUCUCGGCUGUCAAGCCCAUUAAGAAUUUUGUAUAUUUCAAUGAGAUCUCUUCUCAUUCUUCUAAACUGAAGAAUACUGUCCCAGUCUACUCAAUGCCUCCUCAAACAGCAAAUCUGCCAUCCGUGGAACCUGACUACUGAUACUACAAUGGCAAGAACAUCCUUUCUUAGGUUGACUGCAUUGAUUGUGUUUUGUUUGAUUGGCCUACGGACUCUGAUUAAACUUCUGCACCAAGAUUAUGUGAAAAUUGACGUGGACUUGUACAUGGUGAAAGGUGAAAAAAAUAAGAGUGCCCAGAAAUAUGCUGAAAAAAUAUUGGAACAAAAAUGUCGGCAGUCUUUUGUUCAGCAGCAGAUGGCGAUUUUGUUUCCACACAAAUAUGACCGUGACCUGCAUCCUUUUCUGGCGAGAAGUUCCAUUUUGCGUGAUGAUGUGUUCAAGUACAACACACCAUUUGGAUUUAAGAAGCACCAGAAUUCCUUUAAUCAUCUCAUUGACCUCAUGCCCAUGGUAUCAUUGCCAGAAGAACUUGAAAGAAAUCCAUGCAAGAGGUGUAUUGUUUUAGGAAGCGGUGGAAUACUACGGGGAUUAGGCCUUGGACGCUUUUUGGAUAGAUUUGAUGUUGUAAUCAGGUUGAACAAUGCACCAAUCCAAGGAUUUAUUCAAGAUGUUGGUAAUAAAACAACUAUCCGAAUGAGCUACCCAGAAGGAGCUCCAAAAUCUCCUUUAGACUAUGAUCCGUACAUGCUCUUUGUUGCCGUUAUGUAUAAGGCAGUAGAUUUCAGCUGGCUGAAGGCUAUGAUUAAAAGAGAGCAAGUGUCAUUUUGGGAAAAUUUCUGGUUCUGGCAGGAGGUUGCAAAGAAAGUACCAAUUAAACCAGCGCAGUUUCGGAUUCUGAACCCGGAGAUCAUAAGGGAGACGGCAAUAGAUCUGCUGCAAUUGCCGGAACCUCGAGCAAAGCUGUGGGGUUGGGACCAGAAUAUUCCUACACUGGGAGUCAGCGCUGUUGUCCUGGCUACACAUUUAUGCGAUGAAGUCAGCCUGGCAGGGUUUGGGUACAACCUGAGCCAGCCACAAAUGCCUUUGCACUAUUAUGAAAAUGUACCUAUGAAUGCUAUGAAAGCUCAAACCAUGCACAAUGUGGAGAAAGAGAGGAGUUUCCUGGAAAACCUGAUCAAGGAAGGUGUUGUGACAGAUCUCAGUGGAGGGAUUCACUGCAACUUUUGCAUCUGAAAAAUGCGUAAUCUUUUGAAAGUUUACAUUUCUUAGUUUUUUUUAAAAUGCUCUUUCAGCAAAAGACAUAAAUUGAGGCCUGUUAGCUUUGGCCUUUUCAGUGCUGCCGUUAAGAAAAUUGCUGUCUUGCACAUUCUCAACAGGUACUUUAAAGAAUACUUUUUUCCAUCAUUCAUCAAAUGCAGGAAUUGUAACUGAAUUUUUUUUUAACAAGUUGACUUAAUGUGUUUAUUGAACUGAAUUACAGUCAGUAAGGCUGUGGAAGUUGAUCGCUGAAAUUUAAAAAAACCUGCAAAUUGAUAAAAUUGUUACCAUAUUGAUGAUGUGCUAGAUUUUGAUUGCAAUAUUCACUGCAUAAUUGUAUUCCUGGUUGUUUUUUUGUGGACUUUAUGCCCAAUUUAAUGUCAAUUAAGGCAGUCAUCUCCAUUUGUUAUUUAAAUGGCCAUAAUGAAGUUUGCAAAACAAAUACAUUUAAGAGUUAAACAAUAUUGGACCCAGAGAAAAGCGUUUUGGUCCUCUGGAGAGUACAGGACAAUUUAAAUUCUGUUCUACUGCAUGUUAGAACUGUGCUGUUUGGGAUGGCAUAUGCCCAUUUUAUUUUGAUGGUGUUAUCUGGCAGCUCCAUCAUCUCUAGGUUGUGACUUUUUUUUGACAGCACACAGCUGUGUGGUAAGUAAACUGGCAGUGUUUUUCUAUCCAAAAUUCCCAGUGAAACAUUUUAACUGCUUGUCUGAUAGCCACUCGCUAUUAUUUUCCAGGUGUCAGCUGUGGUGGUCUUGACACUUCAAACUUAAAUUUAUUUAAUGUUCAGUUGAUGAAUGCAGAGAUUAGCUUUGUUCCCUGUAAUAAUUUCUUAACCUGGUUUGAAAGUGGUCUUUGGCGGUGGUGGAAAACAGCUGAUACCAAAUCAGCAGUUUGUUUUGCAUCCUGUUUGAGUUUGUGUAAAAAUUAGUGUAUAAAACAGAUGACAGAUUGAUCAUCAUCUGUUUGGUAGAAUGACUGUCAAUUUCCCAAGCUUAAAGUUUUGCUGAAUGGUUUAAGUGUUACCAAAGCAAUCUGGAUAGUCUGUGUGGAGAAAAUAAAGGAGGAUUUAAAUUUUGAUAAAUUCUGCUGCAAGAAGAAAUCUUGGGCAUUUAAAUCUUAAUUAACCACAUGUUUUUUAGACUUGUGUAAGUAUUUUACAGUAAGAUCAAAUACUAGUGUUGUUUAUUAUGCACAUAUUAAUGUAAAUCCAUUAGUCUUAAUGUAAACAAUUUUCUGUUGCAUUUAUGACAGGAUGGAAAAUGCUUGUUGUAUUCCAUCAUGUAAAAGAUAAUAUUCUGGACAUUAUUUAUUCUUUUGACACUGAUACAACCCUUCGGCCCCACUUAAUUUUUAAAUUAUACUUUUGUAAUUACAGUUAGGAUAAAGAAAUUCUUGUCAAUUUGAGAGAUUUUGCCUCGUAUUUGAGUUCAGUAUGGCAAUGAGGCAAUUAGUGCUCCUCUUUUCCAUGAAAUUUCCAAAGAAGGGGUCCAACAUUACUCGUUUUUUUGCUUCUAAAACAAAUGAAGGAAAUGGUCUGUGAUGUGCAUGUAACAAUGCAUGACAUCUUUAAAUGUCUACUUUCCUGGAGGCGCCAUUCCUGGAACUCUAAUCAAUAAAUAUGGAACCUUAUUAAUGGCAUGAAUUUUGUACGAAAAUAUUUUAUAAUGCAGCAAAUAAAUGGUCAUUAUAGUUUAGGCAGAAACAAACUGGCUCAUCCACUGGAAGAGCAAGUAUAUUCCAACACAACAAUCAUUAUAUGGGGAAAAACUGUAAAGAUGACAUCUUUACAAGUGACAAGCCAAUGCAAUCAAAAGCUGUGUGAUCUUUCCAGUUUCACCUGGUAUUCUACUUUCCUAUUUAAAAUAAAUCUUGCAUAUUUCACUGUUUUGUCUUUAGUAGUUUGCAGCCCUUCACUUCAGUUGUGCAACUUUAUACACCAUGCAUCAUCCUGUCUGAUGAAAACUGUUCCCUAUUACCUGCCAAUAAUAUAUAAUUUUAAAUGUGUUGUCUGUCUUAGCAUGUGUCUCUGACAACUUGGCUGAAAUGGAAAUAUUAAUGCACUCAGUUGUUGAUUUUUCAGUUUAAAAGAUUGUAUUUUCUGAAUAAAUUCAAAAUUGACUUUUUGCUUCAAUUGCCUGGUCAACAUCAUUUUGGAGCUUCGGUUUUAUCGUGUCAUAAAUAAUAAAGUAAACAAAUACUCAGUUUGAGGGAAGAUAUUUGUAUUUCCACAUUGGAAAACGUAUGCUACCAACUCAAACUUGAAAGUAAAACUUUUUCCUUUAUUUAGUCUCUCCAAAAUAGCACGCACUUCUGUAACUUUAGGCUGCCAGUAUUCUAAAAUUUCUGACAAGCUUGAUUAUCUAAUUUAAUUGAGAAUGUGCAGUUCAGUUGUUGAGGCUUUUAUACUUUGCAACAUUGGAUAUACUUUACAGACAUCUACUAAUCAAGGUAUAAGAUGACAGUUUGGGGCAAACCAUGGACAUUACUGAAAGUUCUCAAUUUUUAAUCUCAGUUGAAUGUUGAAGAUGUUGACCAUUACUGUUUAGAGUUGAUUGCUAACCUCUUUUACUUAAUUGGGAAUUUUGAAAUCACUUUGUUUCCUGAGGAUAUUACAUUUUCUUUUUAUAUUGAAUAUGGCCAUUUUUAUUUUUUUUUGCUCCACAGCUGGUAUUACCUGCUGUUGAAGAAUAUUUCAUAAAACAACUCUGCAUAGAAGAUGACCACAUAUUUAUAAUAUAUAUGCAGAGAUACAUUGUAGACUAUCCAUGAACAAACCUUUUCUACUCCCGAAGAAUUUUAAACUAAUGUUCAUAAGACACCCAAGAAACUAACAUCUAGAUAGCUUCGAAAUGUAUUACUGUGUUAUAGAUUGUAUUCCAGGCACAGGGCUAACUGCAAUGGUCGAUUCUCUCACAGUGAGAACUCUUGAGAGAAUUCAUCUUAUUGCACAAGGAUAAUUUGUAAAAUCGGGAAGAGACGAAAAUUUAAACUAGUGACCCAGCGACAUGAUCUCAGCAGGUUUUGUACAGCAAUGACAAAGAUUUUGCUUUUGCCUCUUAUCUUGCUUUAACCUAAAUUAAAUCUUUAUUAUAGGGAUGUGAACGUGAAACAAACUGGCGUGCUGAAUGUUUAUUUGUUUGUUUGUUUGUUUGUUAUGUUGAAAUAUUAUUUGGGAACUUUGUAUUUGAGUGUAUGUUUAAUAGCUGUGAUGUAUUUGCCUUUUUACAAUUGUCCUAUGAUAAAUUAUUUCUCCAAAUAGGCAACAGAAUUCAAACCUCCUGCUCUUACUGGGCCAAAUAAUCAACUUCCUUUUAAUGCUUUAAUAAAUGAAAGCAUGAAAUAAAUAUUCUUAUCAACAUCAAGUAAAUAUCUAGAUACUGGCUAUUAAUUGGUAUAGAGCGGAAAUAAAAGUGGAUCAAAUGCGAAAAAUUCUUAAUCUAUUCAAUUUGAGUCCUUGAGUUAUAUUUGUUGAUCUGCAUGUUUCUGAAGUUUUUGUAUGCCCCUGUUGAUAAGACAGAAUUCUAAAAAUGAACUGAUUUUCUUUUAAAUCAACAGCUAGGUUGGGGAACAACCUUUUUUUCAUUAAAUUUAAAAUUGUCCAAACCACAGUUGUAAUUGUACUAAGAAUGUCCAUUACUUUAAUUUUCGCAU